AUGUUGCUCGCGCCGUUUGGAACGCUCUUGGCCGCUGCUGUCACCGUUUAUGCGACUGCCGUACCCGCUAUGCGCGGCACGCGCAUGAAGCAGGACGUUGAUACUGGCUUCGAGUGGGAUCCCGAAGCAUUCAAAAUUGCUGCAGUGCGCGAGCCUCCAGUUGGUUUUGUGUACCACGAUCUCUGGGAGACGACGACCUGGUAUAACUACGACCUCAACGCCACUAUUGCUCAAUCAGUCAAGAUCAUCGGACAAGCUGCAGCUGAGGGUGUCAAGUUUAUUGCCUUCCCGGAGAUCUAUUUCCCUGGGUAUCCUGCCUUUCGCACUGCCAACGGCCCAGAGGACUUCGCGCAAUAUGUAUCGCAGACUAUGGAGCCCGGCGACGCCCAGUGGCAAACUCUAAUGAAGGCUUUUGCUGAUGCUAAGAUGUACGGUGUUGUCGGGUGGGCCCAGAGGGCUAACAACUCUCUCUUCAUGACUCAAAGCCUUGUUGGUCCCAUGGCCGACGGCUCGGCAGGAACCAUUUGGAAACACGAAAAGUUCCGUCCCUCCGGCGAGGAGCGCACGCUCUUUUCCGACGGACUACUCAAUACCAUCCGCGCUCAAAAACUACCCUUCGGGCAUGUUUACCCCGAGUCCCGGUUUAUCUCCGGUGCCCAACCUGCCAACAUUCACGUCGCGUCCUUCCCGAUUGGCAGCUCGGUUGCCAAUGCGACCGUCAACGUUAACCCUUAUACGGGGUGGCAUGCCGAUGCCAAGGCAUACGCCGAGACUGCUGCUGGUUCCCCCAUACUCAUGCUGCCCACAUAUGGUGCCUCGGGCAUUUUCUCCGGAUCGACUACCCUGAACGAGUCGACCAACACCCUCACGACAGGUUCACAGCCGUAUGUCACUACUGUCCUGAAUACGACUACGUUCAGCGACACCUCGUACAGCGUGAACGCAUACAACAGCUGGGGCGCCGUCGAGAACAUCAUGCAGAAUCUCCCCUCCGAUAUGCCGCAGCGCAAAGGCCCCUUCCUCCAGCGCGUGAUCUUUACGAUUGAUCAGCUCACCAAAGCUUAUAUCUGGACCCCCGGGUUGACCUGCACGCCUACUUCCAAGUGGCCGUGCCUCAAGGUCUGGCCGCAACACCAAGAGUCGGAUUUUACGGCUUCGUCUACUUGA